AUGCCUCCCUCCCAGUUCUUGCAGAUUCAGGAAAGAUUGGUGACAUGCAAGUGUGUCCCCCACAAGUUGGCAUUUGAUCUACAGGCCGAUCGUCUGCUGUACAGACACAAAGUUAACGCCUCAAACUAUAUCGCUACAUCGCUGUUUAUAACUCCUGUGGUUGACGUCAGAUCUGACUGCCGCGACACGUUCGUGUACGUCGCCGAUGUCUCCGGCUUCGGUCUCCUCGUGGUUGAUGUCCACCGCGACAGGUCCUGGAGAGUAACUCAUCGACAUUUCUUCCCAUACCCUUCACACGGAACAUUUACAAUUGACGGUGAAAGCUUCGACUUGAUGGAUGGAGUCCUCGGGAUGGCUCUGUCACCUCAUCUACCACCAAACGGUGAAUGUUUCGUGUACUUCCAUGCACUGGCAUCUACCAGCGAAAACGUUGUCCGGACAAGUAUACAUCGCAAUGACUCCUUCUUAAGGGAUUCCAAUGCUGAUCCUAAUUCUAUUAAUGUUUUUCCCGAAAAGAGACCGAAUCAAUCUGCAGCAGAAGCAAUGAAUAAAGAUGGAAUCUUAUUCUUUGGCUUGAUGGAACCACCGAGUAUUUGGUGUUGGAACUCUGCAACUGAAUUCGGUCCCAAGAACUUCCAUCAAAUUGCCAUGAACAGAGAAACUUUACAAUUUGCAAGUGGUUUGAAGAUCAUUAAGAAUGUCAAAGGCGAAGAAGAACUCUGGGUUCUAACUUCAAGUUUUCAGAGAGUAAUGACGGGAAGCCUGAAUUCAAAUAGAGUCAACUUUAGGAUUCAUGCAGAAAAGAUUGCCAACAUUCUAGAGGAUUCCCUCUGUUUAGCGCCCCCAAAGGAUCGUGCGCAUGCCCAUCAUGCCAAUUCUAUAUUGAAAAAUGUCCCCAGACAACACUGGAAAUAUGGAGCUGUAGCAUAUCUCAAAUCAAUCAAAAAUUCAAGCGCUGUCAAAUCGAUUACACAAAAAAUUCAAACUGCAGCAUUGGCCAUAAUCCAAUUACAUAGUGGAUGA